AUGGCAGCUCGUAUCGCGGAAGGUAGAAGCCACCAUACGACCUGGGAUGCUGCAGUGGCAGCAGAAGAGCAAGCCCACGAGGAGCUGACCAAGAACACCCUGCGGCUUCGGAUCAAGUGCCCCAAGACCGGAGACGAGAAAAGGGAAGCAGCGGCUCAGGUGGCGGUGUCUCCAUCUGGUGAUAGUGGUGUGAUAGUUGACCGAUCCACCGGUGGUGCUGACGGGGAUCUUGCCGGCGAUGAGGAUGCUAACGCCGAAUCUGCAUCGGAGGUCAAAGAGGUGGUCGACGAGGGUUGUGGCAGCUUCAAACGCAUGCAUGCAAACAGGAGGGCGGUGGUCCCAACAUGCCCCGAGUGCGGGAAGACCUUCCCCUCCGAUAAAUCACUGUUUGGCCACCUGAGGUGCCACCCGGAGAGAGACUACAGAGGAGUUAAUCCGCCUCCGGGUGCGAGGAAGAAGCCGCAACCCGAUGCGUACUCGUCGAUCGCGAGAGUGCCGCCCACCACCAAGUGGUCAACCGCGAGAAGAGGGCGGAAAGGGACGGCUGGUGACAGAGACGACGAAGCGAUUGCCGCUGAUACCCUGUUGCUUCUGGCUGAUGGAAAGCCGCAGCGUCCGGAGACCACUAUCACCACUGAGGGGGAAGACACUGAUACGAAACAGAUCGCUGGCACUCAUUUUGCUGGCACCGAUGGGAUUGGUUGGGAUAAGAAAUCUGCUGACAUGGACGCCGGCAGCUACGGUAAUGAACUGAUAUCGAGCUACAAGAGAUCAAAGAAGAGGAAGAUCAAAGAGCUGGAACUGGUGAACGGGUCCGGCACAUCUGUUCGUUGUCGAAGGUAUCAGUGCAGUGUAUGCUUCAAGACUUUCUCUUCUCACCAGGCACUGGGAGGACACCGAGCCAGCCACAACAAGAAGAAGAGCAAUCCCGUAGAAGCAGCGGCGAUCCCUGACGAGAACGAAGGUGGCAACCCGAAGCAUGGCGAAGAUUUGAUCCGUGCAAACGGUGCCGUGAUCAAAGCGGAGAUGGCAGAACAUCGAUGCACGAACUGCAACCUGACGUUCCGAAGCGGGCAGGCACUCGGGGGCCACAAGAGACGGCACUUCAAUGAGCUGCAGCAUCAAGCUCCAUCGUCUUCUCCACACUCAUCUGAAAGCGACAAGGGAGCGAAUGGGCUGCUACAGAAUCGAGUUACAUCUUCUUCAGCGCACUCAUCUGAGAGCUACAAGGGAGCAAAACAUGGGCUGUUUGACUUCGACCUCAACGAGGUGCCGGAGCUCUAA